AUGGGAGCUGAGUCUGAUCAUGGGGUACAUAUUUGGACGGAGAGAGAGAGGAGGAAGAAGAUGAGGAAUAUGUUCUCCAAUCUCCAUGCUUUGCUUCCUCAACUUCCUCCAAAGGCGGACAAAUCCACCAUUGUUGACGAAGCUGUGAACUAUAUCAAAACCCUACAACAGACUUUGCAGAAGCUGCAGACUCGAAAACUGGAAAUCCUCCAUGGAUUUAACUCCAAUAAUCCAUCGCCGUCCAUUUUCGGCUCACAGAAACUCAACGCCGAGCUCACUACGAGGGAGGCGUUCCUGGCCGAUCAUCAUCAAGGAUCUUCCGGCGCUCUGGCUUCCUUCAUCGGAUCAUCAUCCACCCCGCCUCAGCCGCCGGCGUUCCAGACCUGGACUUCUCCGAAUGUUAUCCUGAAUGUUUGCGUAGACGAUGCUCAAAUCAGUCUUUGCUGUCCUAAGAAGCCAGGCCUCCUUCAGGCCAUUUGCUUCGUUCUGGAGAAGCAUAAAAUCGAGGUGGUUUCUGCUCAGGUUUCAUCGAAUCAUCACCGCACCAGUAUUUCCGGCGCUCACUUUUGUGAUUUUGCUUCGUCGUAG